AUGGCGCCGCCGCCGCCACCGCCGCUGGUCGACGACGUCACGGCCGAGAUCCUCCUCCGCCUCCCGCCGGACGAGCCCGAGCACCUCAUCCGCGCCGCCCUCGUCUGCAAGCCGUGGCUCCGCGUCAUCUGCGACCCCGGCUUCCGCCGCAGCUACCGCGACUUCCACGGCGCCCCUCCCCUCCUCGGCUUCCUCCACCGCCUCAUGCCGAAGGAAAUCGACUGGCUCAUCUACUCCGCCGCGGUGCUCUGCGCCGCCGACGGCUGCGACCACCUCGACUGCCACGGCGGCCCCUUCCGCGUCGUCUUCGCCGCCACCCAUGACCACAAGGACAUCAUAGUUGCGAGCGUCUACUCAUCAGAGACGGGUGAGUGGAGCUCGCCAGUAUGUCUUGACAACACUUGUGAAAUCUAUGCCCGGCACAUCCGAGAGGCACGUGCACAGGGACUCCUGGGACGCUUCUACACACCCUAUCUCCAGCCCAGGCGAGGCGCCCUUGUCGGAGAUGCAGUCUACUUCACGGUUCGCUGGGGUAAUGCAAUCGUCAAGUAUGACUUGGGAAAGGACCGCUUAUCCAUGAUUGACCCGCCGCAACCCUACGUGUAUGGCAUUGCUGUCACGGCAAUGGAGAACUACACUUCACUGGGCUUUACCUGCAUUCAAGGUUCCACCCUUCAUACGUGGUCAAAGAAGAUGGAUACAGAAGAAACUGCAGAAUGGGUACAAUACAGGGUCAUCGAGUUGGAGAAAGCAAUACCUGUUACCAAUCCUGAAGACGAACUAUCCGUGGUCGGCUUUGCAGAGGGUGUGGGUGUCAUCUUCGUUUGCUCAGGUGCUGGCUUAUUCAUGAUCAAGCUCAAUUCUGGGCAGGUUAAGAAGGUUGAUGAGCCCGGAGAAUACUUUAGCGUGCUGCCCUACAUGAGCUUCUACCUUCCAAGCAAUGGUGGUGGACAUGAUGCAACUGAUCUUCCGCACAAUACUUAAGAGGAUUGUCCAGUUAGAUAUUCUGUCGUGGUGUACUGGUUGGGCAGGUAUCUACUACAAUAACAUUCUGGUGGCUGAGAUGCAGAAAUGGGCUGUUGGGUAAUUUCUUCCAUUUGUAUGCUCGGCGCGGAGAUCGACCCUCUAUGUAGCUUUCAAGUGCACUUGUAGGAAUUGAUCACUAAAUUUGCCAACUUCUGUCUAUUAUCUCAUAUCCGUCAAUUGUCGUGAAGGUUGUAGGCACAUUGACUUGCUCUGAUUAAUUAGUACUUUACUUGUGGUGCGUUGACCAUGCACUUGGAGGAAUUAA